CCGCGAUCCCGUGGAGCUUCACCCCGUGGGCAGUCGGCGUUUGCUUUUCUUCCGACAGGACAAGUCUCACAGACGUACCUGGCAGAGCCGUGAUUUGCUCCUCAGCCCCUUGAACGCGUCAUGGAUCUCUCCCUCGAGCUCGACGGCACGCAUGUUCUGAUUACGGGCGGCUCUGGCUUUAUUGGUUCAUCCACAGUCACCGCCUUUCUCCUUGCCGGAGCCCGCGUUACCAAUAUCGACCUACAAGCUCCCAAUCCCAAUCCCUCGGGUCCGAAUUACCAAUACUUUGCCUGCGAUAUAGCGUCCGAGUCAGCCCUGAUUGACGCCUUCUCAGCUGCCUCUACCACUUUUGGCCCGGUUGCAUGCUGUAUUGCACUUGCUUCUCUUGACCUCUCUGUCCUUCCGCAUCAUGAGAGUCUUGCAGACAUGGACGUAGAGCAAUGGCGCCAGACCCAUCGGGUCAAUGUCGAAGGAACAUUCUUGACAGCCCGUACGUGGCUGAGACAGCUGAGAGACUUCGCGCAGACCGGACCGAAAGAACACUUGACCAACGUGGGGUUGAUAAUUGUGGGGAGUGAGAGUGGUCAUUUUGGGGAGAGGUGCAAUGCGGACUAUGCGAGUGGGAAGAGUGCAGUCCAAUUCGGGCUCGUGAAGAGCUUGAUGGGAGACGUGAGCAGAGUGUGGGAAGGGGCGAGAAGAGUCAACGCCGUGGCUCCUGGUCCGGUCGACACCUUGCAAUUUAGGAAAGAGUGUGCAGAGAACCCACAUCAGUUCUGGGUCGAUUCUCAGGCUACGACAGGACUUAAGAAGCCGGUCCCGCUGGAGGCUGUUGCAAAGAGCAUCCUCUUCCUGGCGAGCGAGAACUGGAGCGGAAGCAUUACAGGCCAGGUGCUGAAUGUCGAUUCUGGAAAGCAGGGUAAAGUGAUGUGGAUGAAAGACGAGCAUUGA